AUGGUCGCAGACAUGGAGGAUGCCGAAAAAACAGCCCAAUUGCUCUUCGCCACUCAAGAUCCCCAAGUUUGCACCUUCCCAGAAGGCUACGUUCCCCGUCAGACUGUGUUCGCGUGUCUCACAUGUACUCCUGCUCCAGAAUUAGCCGGUGUCUGUUACGGAUGUUCUCUGCACUGUCAUGAAGACCACAACAUCAUUGAAUUGUACACAAAACGAAAGUUCAAGUGUGACUGCGGAAAUUCGAAAUUUGGAGACAAAAAGUGUACUUUGUACGAGGAAAAAGACGAGAAAAACGAGUUCAACGAGUAUAAUCAUAAUUAUCACGGCAAAUUCUGCACCUGCGACGCAUUUUAUCCGGAUGAACCUGAGAGAGCGUUCAUGCAAUGCGAACUCUGCGAGGAUUGGUUCCAUGACGAUCAUACACCGGCGACUUUUGUUGGUACCGAGGAAGGACAAGCAAAUGGAGAUGCAUCGGUGCAAAAUACUGCUUCGAUGAUCUGCUCGACGUGUAUCCGCCAAAAACUGCCAUUCAUCGCCCAUAUUCCAUCUGGAAAAGAUGUAUUCUGUCACUCGAAACUGUCGACAGAGCAACUCGUCAUUCCAGAAGAUCAGAAGGCUCUCAUGAUCUCACAUUUCAGAAAAAGACUCUGUAAAUGUACGGAUUGCACUCGUGUCUACGAUCUAGCCGACUGUGAAUAUUUGAUGGACGAAGAGGAUGAUAUGACGAAAUUCGAUGAGGAUUCGAAGAAGGCCAUCGAAAGAGAGCAACCGAUGAGUGAAGGUGAUGAGAUGAGAGAGUUGGUGAGAAGUGUUGGAAUGGAAGGAGCACAAGUCGUUUAUAGAGGACUGAACGAAUUCAAGCGAAAGUUCCAAGAACUCAUCGAUAAAGCAGGUGAUAGAAUAAUCACUGAGGCGGACGUCAAGGAGUGGACGGAGACGUUGAAGAAACGACCGAGACACGAAUAA